AUGUUCUCCCGCAUCGCCACCCGCGCCGCCUUCGCUGGCAAGCGCAUCGCCUUCACACCCGCCAGCAUCCGCGCAAACUCGUCCAGCUCAUCGAGCAGCGCAGCGCGCGUCAUGGAGAUGGCUGCACAGGCCGAGCGACCAACUGGCGCCGAAGCCGCCGUACCCAUCAUGUGGGCUGCAACCGGUGUUCUCACGUACGCGAUGUGGAACCGUAUGAGCGAGCGCAGUGCGGGCGAGAACGUGGAGAAGCUUCUCAUCGUCUAG